GACGUUGCGUGCUCGCCCGCGCCAGGCGAGUCUCCGCGUCUCCCUCGCGAACUCGGUGAAAGGAAUUGGCGCCGUUCGACACCAGGCGGGUCCGCUCUGCAGCAGGAACCCACCUCAAGCCGCAACCGCAGCCGCCGCCGCCGCCGCCGCCCGGGCCGAGGAGCAGCCUCAGCCGCCGCCAGUGGCCGAGUGAGCGGAGCCGAGUUUGAGCCAGCGCCUAGCGGUGAAUCGGGGCCUCACCAUGAGUUCCUCGCCUGUUAAUGUGAAAAAGCUGAAGGUGUCGGAGCUGAAGGAGGAGCUCAAGAAGCGGCGCCUGUCCGACAAGGGCCUCAAGGCCGAGCUCAUGGAGCGUCUCCAGGCUGCGCUGGACGACGAGGAGGCCGGGGGCCGCCCCGCCAUGGAGCCCGGGAACGGCAGCCUAGACCUGGGCGGGGAUUCCGCCGGGCGCUCGGGAGCAGGCCUCGAGCAGGAGGCCGCGGCAGGCGGCGAUGACGACGAGGAGGAAGAGGAGGAGGAGGAGGAAGGGAUAGCCGCUCUGGAUGGCGACCAGAUGGAGCUCGGGGAGGAGAACGGCGCCGCGGGGGCGGCCGACUCGGGCCCGAUGGAGGAGGAGGAGGCCGCCUCGGAGGACGAGAACGGCGACGAUCAGGGCUUCCAGGAAGGGGAGGAUGAGCUCGGAGACGAGGAGGAAGCCGCGGGCGACGAGAACGGGCACGGGGAGCAGCAGCCUCAACCGCCGGCGGCGCCGCAGCAACAGCCCCAGCAGCAGCGCGGGGCCGCCAAGGAGGCCGCGGGGAAGAGCAGCGGCCCCACGUCGCUGUUCGCGGUGACGGUGGCGCCGCCCGGGGCGAGGCAGGGCCAGCAGCAGGCGGGAGGUAAGAAGAAGGCGGAAGGCGGCGGAGGCGGCGGUUGCCCCGGGGCUCCGGCGGCGGGAGACGGCAAAACAGAACAGAAAGGCGGAGAUAAAAAGAGAGGUGUUAAAAGACCUCGAGAAGAUCAUGGCCGUGGCUAUUUUGAGUACAUUGAAGAGAACAAGUAUAGCAGAGCCAAAUCUCCUCAGCCACCUGUUGAAGAAGAAGAUGAGCACUUCGACGACACAGUUGUUUGUCUUGAUACUUAUAAUUGUGAUCUACAUUUUAAAAUAUCAAGAGAUCGCCUCAGUGCUUCUUCCCUUACUAUGGAGAGUUUUGCUUUUCUUUGGGCUGGAGGAAGGGCAUCCUAUGGUGUGUCAAAAGGCAAAGUCUGUUUUGAGAUGAAGGUUACAGAGAAGAUCCCAGUAAGGCAUUUAUAUACAAAAGAUAUUGACAUACACGAAGUUCGGAUUGGCUGGUCACUAACCACAAGUGGAAUGUUGCUUGGUGAAGAAGAAUUUUCUUAUGGGUAUUCUCUAAAAGGAAUAAAAACAUGCAGCUGUGAGACUGAAGAUUAUGGAGAGAAGUUUGAUGAAAAUGAUGUGAUUACAUGUUUUGUUAACUUUGAAAGUGAUGAAGUAGAACUUUCCUAUGCAAAGAAUGGACAAGAUCUUGGCAUUGCCUUCAAAAUCAGUAAGGAAGUUCUUGCUGGACGACCACUCUUCCCGCAUGUUCUGUGCCACAACUGUGCGGUUGAGUUUAAUUUUGGUCAGAAGGAAAAGCCAUAUUUUCCAAUACCUGAAGACUAUACUUUUAUCCAGAAUGUCCCCUUGGAGGAUCGAGUUAGAGGACCAAAGGGUCCUGAAGAGAAGAAAGAUUGUGAAGUGGUUAUGAUGAUUGGCUUGCCAGGAGCUGGAAAAACUACCUGGGUUACUAAACAUGCAGCAGAAAAUCCUGGUAAAUACAACAUUCUUGGAACAAACACCAUAAUGGAUAAAAUGAUGGUGGCAGGUUUUAAGAAGCAAAUGGCAGAUACUGGGAAACUAAACACGCUGUUGCAGAGAGCUCCGCAGUGUCUUGGAAAGUUUAUUGAGAUUGCUGCCCGUAAGAAGAGAAAUUUCAUUUUGGAUCAGACAAAUGUGUCUGCUGCUGCCCAGAGGAGAAAAAUGUGCCUGUUUGCAGGCUUCCAACGAAAAGCUGUUGUAGUUUGCCCAAAAGAUGAAGACUAUAAGCAAAGAACACAGAAGAAAGCAGAAGUAGAGGGAAAAGACCUACCGGAACAUGCAGUCCUCAAAAUGAAAGGAAACUUUACUCUGCCAGAAGUAGCUGAGUGCUUUGAUGAAAUAACGUAUGUUGAACUUCAGAAGGAGGAAGCCCAAAAACUUUUGGAGCAAUAUAAGGAAGAAAGCAAAAAAGCUCUUCCACCGGAAAAGAAACAGAACACAGGCUCAAAGAAGAGCAAUAAAAACAAGAGUGGGAAGAACCAGUUUAACAGAGGUGGUGGCCAUAGAGGGCGCGGUGGAUUCAAUAUGCGUGGUGGAAAUUUCAGAGGAGGAGCUCCUGGGAAUCGUGGUGGAUAUAAUAGGAGGGGCAAUAUGCCACAGAGAGGUGGUGGCGGUGGCGGAAGUGGUGGAAUUGGCUAUCCAUAUCCUCGUGGCCCUGUUUUUCCCAGCCGAGGUGGUUAUUCAAACAGAGGGAAUUACAACAGAGGUGGAAUGCCUAACAGAGGGAACUACAACCAGAACUUCAGAGGACGAGGAAACAAUCGUGGCUACAAAAAUCAAUCUCAGGGCUACAACCAGUGGCAGCAGGGUCAAUUCUGGGGUCAGAAGCCAUGGAGUCAGCAUUAUCACCAAGGAUAUUAUUGAAUACCCAAAUAAAACGAACUGAUACAUAUUUCUCCAAAACCUUCACAAGAAGUCGACUGUUUUCUUUAGUAGGCUAACUUUUUAAACAUUCCACAAGAGGAAGUGCCUGCGGGUUCCUUUUUUAGAAGCUUUGUGGGUUGAUUUUUUUUUCUUUUCUUUUUUGUACAUUUUUAAUUGCAGUUUUAAAGUGAAUCGUAAGAGAACCUCAGCAUUGUGCACGAUAAGAGAAUGUGUCAGUAUUUCAGGGUUCUACAUUUUAUCUGUAAAAUGUGACUUUUUUUUUUUUUUAUCACAACAAAAGUAAAAUGUUGCUUUGUACCUGGUGUCUUUUAUUAAGAAUUUACUCCCCCCAUUUCUCAGAGAUAACAGUCGGGAGUUAUUGUCACAAUAUAAUAGAAAUGUUAGCAACCAGAUUCAUGUAAGGACUAAGUGGUCCUCAUGAAUUGCAUAAGACUCUGUACUGCUCGUAUUACACUCCAUCCUCUCUGUAGUUUGCUGAGUAGUGGAGGGGUAAGCUAAAUAGUAGUUUUUGACAGUAACUGGGAAGGCUCUUUCUUUUUAAAUAAAUGCAAUUGGCAUAUUUGGGAAUGAAGAUAAAAUUUGGAACUAAGAUAGAGAAGAUGGAGUGUAUGUAGAAGGGCUGUUAAAAAUGUAAAACUUGGUUGCAUUAUUUGUGGAGGCUCAAACUUGUGAAGGUUAAAUACCAUAAUUUUUCCAUUUGUUCUGCAUUUUGAUUCUGAAAAGAAAGUUGGCUUUGCCCAUUUCUUAUUAAAAAAACUUGUUGUAAA